AUGAAUCCAGAAUUUUCCUACAAAUACAAUGGUGGAGAAAAAAAGGGUAUUCGAUAUUUGGUAUGUCGUGAACAGUAUUGUAAAGGAACAGCCAAAAGACUUGCUAAUGGCAUUAUUGUUAACCAAAUACCACAUACCCAUGAGCCUAAUAAUCUUGAAACCGAACGGCUGGAAUCAAAAAAAGAGUUUAGGUCAAAAUUGAUUCAAAGAGCAGUUGAAGAAACUACAAAACUUCGAAUCAUCUACGAUGAAGAAUGUUUAAGGUAUUAUAAUAUUUUAUGUUUAGAACUAAACAGUGGUGUAUUGUUAAAUACAUUUAUGGAUAUGCUAGAGCUGCUGGAACAUUAUUGUUGGCCAACAGCUGAAACCUCUAUGCGUAAAGCUCUUAAAAAAAUUAUUCCACCAUUAGGUACCACCUACACUGGAUGCAUUAAAAGAUGGUUAAUCAAGGCGGUGAAGAAGUGCAUGCUGAUGCAACUUUUAAGGUUGUACCAUCUCAUGAUAAUGCAUAUCAUCAUUCAAAACCAUUCUAUACCAGUGAGAUAUGUAUUGAUGGAAUCAAAAACUGAGACAGCAUACACUCAAGUUUUGAUGAAGUGUAAAGUUCUAUUUCCAGAGAUUAAGCCAAUAUGUAUAAUGACUGACUUUGAAAUUGCAUUACAGAAUGCUUUUAAAAUUGUAUAUCCAGAUGCAAUUCAACAUGCAUGUUUUUUUCACUAUGUCCAGUGUUUGGUUAAAAAUAUUAGGAGUCAAGGAUUAAUACCCUAUGUUAAAAACAACGAAAUGGCUCAAAUAUGCAUUAAAAUGAUAGCUGCUUUAGCUUUAUUACCAUCUAACAAAAUAGAAGAAGGUUUCCAAAUAAUUCGACGAUACAGCAGGGACAGCAAUAUAAAUCUGACUUCCUUUUUUACUUAUUUCUCUAAUUAUUCGAUACAGACAAGAGGACCAGAAGUGUUUUCGGUUCACGGUAUUCCUCGAAGAACCAGUAAUAAUAUUGAGUCAUUCCAUAGCCAGCUUAAAGAAAAAUUCCAAACUGUUCAUCCUAAUCUAUGGACAUUUUUAGAACAUCUAAACAAUUUAAGUAAAAAAAACCAUAUUAUUAUUCAACAACUGGAAAGAGGUCAGAGAGUUACACGUCCCAUAAAAAUGAAGUAUCUGGCAAACUCUGAGCGAAUUAUGACUGCUACAAGACAGCUAACUCUUGGUAUUAUUACUGUUAAGGAGUUUCUUUUGCAAUGCUCACAUAGCACAGAAACUUAUCUUAGACAAGAAAUUAAUUGGCAUAAUAAUAUCGAACAAGAUGAAAACAUGCAAGCUAGUGACCAAGAAGAUGAAAACAUGCAGGCCAAUGAUCUUCAAGAUGAUGAAAACAUGCAGGCCAAUGUUCAUCAAGAUGAUGAAAACCAACAGGACAAUGAUAAUAAUGAAUCAGAUGUGAUAGUUUAUGACCAAAUCGAACCUCUACAACACGUGAUCAAUGUAAUUGAGAACGACAGUAAUUCUGAUGACAGUGUUUAUUUUCCAUUUUUAAGACCUGGAGUAAGGAGAAUAGAAAGAAAUGAUUCUGAUGAAUCUGUGGCGAAUGACGGUAUAAAUCAACCUCUGAAUAAUGAAAAUGGAUCUCCUUCACAUCAAGAAAUUCACUGGAACGAGGAAGAUUUCAUUAUACCUGAAGAGUUAGAUCCAGACAUUAUUUAUAUGAUGGAAAUUAAAGAAAAUAGGAGAAUUUGGAAAUGCAAAAUUUACCUUACGUCCAAGUCCAAUACUCACGCCUUGUCUCCAUGUGGACAUAAAUCUUUAUGUUUAAUGUGUUUAGAAUCAUUAGUUUCAGAACGCUGUCCAAUAUGUAACAGUAUAUUCACUUCAAAUUUACGCAUUUGGUAG